CCGACAAUAUUUAAUUAGUUGUCAUUUAAUCUAAUCAACGGGCAACGGUUGCUUUGAUUUCGUAUAACCGUCGAAAUUGUAAAACGUUAAUUCUUAUAAACAAAGUGUGAUUUAUCGUGCUAAAAGUGUAAAGACGGACAUUAAUUAAAAUGAAGUCCGCCAAAUCGAAACAGAAAAUUAACGAGAUGCGUACGCCAGCGCGGAGUAAGCAAAACUUGAACGGCGAGCGAGAUCCAGUGCAAGUUUUCUGUAGAUUACGCCCGAUGCAACGAGAAUCCGAUAUCCCGUGUGUUAAGAUAAUUUCACCAACAACAGUGCUCCUGACUCCACCAGCAACGGCUCUGAGCUACAGAAAUGAGAACAGUAAGUCGAUGAAAUACACUUUCAAAGAAGUUUUCCCUCCUGAAACGCCUCAACAAGAAGUCUUCGAUAAAGUCGCAUAUCCACUCGUAGAAGGUCUUAUCAAAGGUAAAAAUGGCCUUUUAUUCACUUACGGAGUCACCGGCAGCGGGAAAACCUUUACGAUGACCGGGGAGCCUCUAAACUGCGGAAUUUUGCCAAGAUGCUUGAACAUCAUAUUUAAAACGAUAAACGAGUGUCAGGCGCAUAAAUAUGUGUUCAAGCCUGACAAAAUGAACAUGUUCGAAAUUCAAUCUGAGGUGGAAGCCAUGUUGGAACGGCAGCAAGAGCUACACAAAUUCAAAUUGGGGAAGAAAAACAACUCGAACCCGGAUUUAGCAAUGGCUUCGAUGGAGGUGACAAAAGUUGAAGGUUUGAAUGAAGACAACCAGUAUGCGGUCUUCGUUUCAUAUGUAGAAGUCUACAAUAACGGUGUCUUUGAUUUACUUGAAGAUGGACCACCGGUGUCUAAGAACUUAACUGCUAAAAUCAUUAGAGAAGAUGCGGCAAAGAACAUGUAUGUACACGGUGUUACUGAAAUUGAGAUUAAGUCUGCAGAGGAGGCAUUUGAUGCAUUCUACUUAGGCUUGAAACGGAAAAGGAUGGCUCAAACAACGCUUAAUGCGGAAUCGAGUCGGAGUCAUUCAGUUUUCACUAUCAGGCUGGUGCAGGCUCCUGUGGAUGAAGUAGGUGAAGCUGUUAUACAGAAUAAGAAGUUCCUGUCAAUCAGCCAAAUAAGCUUGGUCGAUUUAGCUGGCAGUGAACGAACUAAUCGGACGAAAAACACUGGCCAGCGGUUACGAGAGGCUGGCAACAUCAACAAGUCUUUAAUGACUCUCCGAACAUGUAUGGAAGUGUUACGGGAGAACCAAGCGACUGGGGCUAACAAUAUGGUGCCAUACAGAGAAUCUAAGAUCACUCAUCUGUUCAAGAACUUCUUUGAAGGAGAAGGGCAGGUACGUAUGAUUGUAUGUGCUAAUCCUAGAGCAGAGGACUAUGAUGAAACGCUUCAAGUUAUGAGGUUCGCUGAAAUGGCUGCUGAAGUGGAGGUAACCAAGGCCCAAGUCAAUGACAUUGCAGCCUCUAUUGGCCUUGUAUCUGGCAGACGUAAGGCAAAUAGAUUAUUCGCAACAGCCAGAGACAAUCUAGCAAGACCUGAUGCUAAAGACCUUGAAUUAGACCUGGGUCUUGUCUACAGCCUUGGGCCAGACUUCCCAAGUCUAGAACUGAACAGCUCACAAGCAAGCCACAUUAUCAAAGAACUUAUGGCCCACUUGGAGAUGAGGUUAGAUCGGAGAGAAACUUUAAAACGCAGCAAAGCUUUGAAAGAUGAAAGGUUCCGAGCUGCUCUUAUAGACUUAGAGAAAGAGUCUCUUGAAGUAAGAGGAGAGAAUGCAGCUUUAAGAGGGCAAUUGGCUGCAUCUGAACGCAGAAUCAGAGCUUUAGAGGACCGACUGACAGCUACUGAGAAUGAAUCCACUUCUAACAAACGGAAACUCAAUGAACUGACUGAAUACACAAGUACACUCAAACGAGAGCUACAAGAAAAGGAGUUACAGUUAAGUCAGAAUAAGCUAGAGAAAGAGAAAAUGAAACGUAUCUUAGAAAGGAAAUACAAUCACAAGAUAGCUGCUGAACAUGAGCGAGCGAAGGAAAUUAAUUCUGAAAAAGAGAAAUUACGUAAUGCAAUUGAAGAUAAGGAGAAUCGUUUAAGAAUUAUAGCUGAGGCAUUAGACAGGGGUGAUGCAGAGCCAAAGCAUACGGGAGAGUUUGCAGCGCAGACUAGUGUGAGAGACUAUACUCCAGGGUCGACUCCUAGAGCUUUACCAGCUCAUUUACUGACUCCAUUCAGCUCCGUACCUCAGACUAGAGAAACUAGAGACACACCAGCAUCGUCCCGACGCGGUGUAGCUGUUGCUAAUCCUAGACACCGCCGUUCACUAUCAGCCGAUGGUCGAGGUUGGAUCGAACAUGCUCCUAACAAGCUCGUCCCAAUGGGUACAGUUAUGAAGCCUUCUAUAGUGAAUAGUAAAGUAGUGAACAAGCUGACAACAGUGAAAGACAUAGCUAACUCUAAAGCAUCGAAAUAUUGCUUAAUAUCUCAAGAGCAAGACACAGAUGGGGAACUAGAAACGAAACUGUACAAAGGCGAUGUUGUACCGACUUGUGGUGGAGGCGCUCAAGUUAUUUUCAACGACGUAGAAAUGCUUAAGCAGUUCUCUCCGAAUCGGGAAUCAAAUAGGGAAUCUUCUCAUACGCAGAGAACUUCGAACUGCGCUAGACAUUCGGGGAAAAGGAGAGAGACAACACAUUCACCGCCUCAGACUCCUUCGAAUUCUAGCAAGAAGCAAAGGAUAGAUGACGAGUAAAUGUGUUGAAUGUGAGUGGCAGGGUGGUACUAGGUUGAUUAGUUAUAUUAUUUUUCAGAGAGGUAGAACACAUUAAAAAACAUUACGUAUUUUAAUGAUUUGGUUCAAAUUUAGUGUCAUAAUUUUAAACCCUAGUAUUUUAUGAGUGCUAAUGCUAAGCAUUGGACAUAAAGUCAUAAACCAUGCGCCUCUAAGAUGAUUUUAGGAUGUACCUAAAUCUUGUUUGAUUAUUUUUUCUAAUUUUAAUUCAAAACAUUUUAUUAGUAAAAUCAAAUUGAAUAUAUGUACCACAAAUCAGCCUAGUGCCACCUUGAUGAAAAGUGUGCUAUGUAUUUAAUUGUAGCUCAAGAAAAACAUCACAACAUGGAUGUUAUAAUUAUCAAUAUCAUUUAACUAAAGUACAUUUCACACUUGAUCCUGAGGCUUGGCAGAUACCAAAAAAAAAAUUGUAUUUCGGUUCAUAAAACAAUAAAAAAAUUUUUUUUUUCAUAUUUUUGUCAACCGUCACUUGUGUUUUUUUUGUUAAUACGGAAAUUUUGUUCUAAUUAUCUAAAUAGGACAAUGAACCCUAGUAUAAUGGUAUAACCAUAGUUUCAUAGUAAUAUUAGCAUACCAAAACACAGAAUAUUUGCCAGGUCACUCAAGACCAACGUGUAUAAAAUCUUGGAGAUAAUCUCAAACCUAUACAGUACAUUUUUAAUCUGUGAUUACAUUUGUAUUUUUAAUUGUUUUUAAGAACAAAAUAGAUUUAGUUUUUUACUUAGUUGAUUUGGUGAUUGUUUUUUUUUAGUUUAAUUAAAUUAAUUGAUUACAUUUCAUUAAUCAUGAUUCAUGGAACUUGAUUAAGUAUUGAUUUAUACUAUAUGUAUUAUGUGCACUUACUAACCAUCCAAAAAAUAUGUACACAUAAACAUACUCCUAAUAUAAAACUGAAUAUUUAGUUGUAUUGAUGUACUUAAUUAGAAUAAUAUUAAAAUUUAACUGGAGGCAAGACUGGUAAUUUCAAUAUAAAUUUGACUUUGGAAAGAUAAGAAACUACAGUCUAUAUUGUCUUGUGUCUAAAUACUAACCCCCUUAUUCAAAAACAUUCACUAAAGUUAUCAAGCCGAUAAAGUUCGUUUGUCCCUUUCCGACGUAUUGGUGUGAUAGAAAAGGACAAAACUUUAUCGGCUUGAGAACUUAAGUGAACAUUUAUGAAUAAAGGGGUAACACUUUAAUCUGACCAAGCUAAGUUUUCAUCCCAAAUCCCAAGUGCUUCUACAAGAUAAUUAUGAUGUUUCUCACUCCCAAGUCUGUGCAAAGAAUCUUCACAUUGGAUAUGCAUAGCUUCGCAAUAUACAGAGAAAUAAGUAAGCAUGGACUCCAUUAGUUUUCUUACCAAACCGCGGGAUAUGUUGGUAGCCUACAAUAAUAGUGAAUAUACUCGUAUUAGUACCCCUACUUGACACUAGAUGGCACUAGUGUCGCGACUGACGAAGUGUUGCUCAAAAAUAUAUAAUUACCAGCAAAAGCAAAUUGAAAAUAGAGUCCCGAAAAUUAGCAGAAAAUUCAAGCACUCUAUGCUUAUGUCUCAAUACUAAAUACGUGUAUAAAACUGUUAUAGUAUAGGUAACAGGCAUAACCCCUAAAACAUAAUUUAGACUAUUUUAUAUAAGAAACCUGUUAUGAAAGGUCUUUGUGAAUAUUAUAGUUUUAUAUAAGCUUUGCUAGCAGUAUUUCGUUUGUACGUAGUAGGUAUUUUCUUUUGUAAUAAACUACACUAUGGGUUUAA